AUGUCAUUGCCAGUGCAGAAAAAAGUGGAGGAACCCUACAACUAUAAAGUGGAACUAGAAAAGCCCUCAACCAUGAAGAAAUCGCCGUCGACUGAAGUGACCCAUCGUGUUCGUUCGUCUGUUUCGAUGAACAAACUUCGCACGACCUUUUCUGAUGCGAGUGAAGUAGCGCACUUUACGAAUGAAUCUGAGUCUGAGAAGUAUGAGAAUCUUUGGAAGUACUGUUCCUUGUAUCUUUCAAAGGACGUUGAUACCAUUAAACAGCAAAUCGCGAAUCACAUUGAGUACACCUUAGCUUGCCAGCGCUUUGAUUUCAAAGCAAAGUCUCUCUUCACGGCGACUGCCAUGUCUUUACGGGAUCGUAUGAUCGAGUACUGGAACGACACUCACAACUAUUUCACUGAGCAAAAGGUGAAGCGGAUGUACUACCUUUCCAUCGAGUACUUGAUCGGCCGCAGUUUAAUGAACGCCAUCUGUAAUUUAGACUUAGAAGCCGAAUACAAAGAAGUCGCAACACAAUUUGGGUCUUCAUUGGAAGAAUUAUACGAGUUCGAGCAAGACGCUGCUUUGGGGUCUGGCGGACUUGGUCGAUUAGCUGCGUGCUUUUUAGAUUCAUUGGCUACUAUGAACUUCCCGGCAUGGGGUUACGGGAUUCGGUACCAAUAUGGGAUGUUUAAGCAACAGAUAGCUCAAGGCUAUCAAAUUGAGACUCCAGAGUAUUGGCUUGAAGCUGGGAACCCAUGGGAAAUAGUUCGAAAGGAUGUGAAUCAUGAAGUCCGCUUUGGUGGAUAUGUCUUGAAAGAUGAAUUAACAGGAAGAAAGAGAUGGGAAGGAGGAAGUACUGUUAGAGCGAUAGCUUGUGAUAUGCCAGUGCCGGGAUAUAAGACUUUAAAUACACUGAACUUAAGAUUGUGGAGCUCAAAGCCAUCGACCGUGUUUGAUUUGGACCACUUCAAUAAACAAGACGACAUCGACUAUUGGGAGAAGGUCAGGAACCAACAGAACGACGAAUCCAUCUGCAAAGUGUUAUAUCCGAACUCGUCGAAUGCUAAAGGACAAGAACUUCGCUUGAAGCAACAGUUCUUCUUCACUUCAGCGUCACUCCAAGACAUCGUCAGACGAUUUAAAAAGUUAAAUGUCCCAUUGAGUGACUUCCCACAGUAUGUUGCUAUUCAAUUGAAUGAUACACAUCCGACCGUUGGGAUCUUAGAGUUGAUGAGAAUCUUAGUCGACUUAGAAGGUAUGGAGUGGAACCAAGCUUGGGGUAUUGUAGUUCAAACCUUUGCUUAUACCAAUCAUACUGUAUUACCAGAAGCACUUGAGACGUGGACCGUCCCUAUGUUCCAAGGGUUAUUACCAAGACAUAUGGAAAUUGUGUAUGAGAUCAAUUACAGAUUCUUGGAAUGGGUUAAAGGAGAACACAAGUGCACUGAAAGCGAGUUAGCUGCUUUAUCGAUUAUUGAGGAAUCGACGCCGAAGAGAAUUAGAAUGGCCAAUUUGGCUAUUAUUGGCUCACAUACGGUCAAUGGAGUUGCUGCAAUCCACUCGCAAAUUAUUAAGGACGUCAUCUUCAGACACUUCGCGAAGAUUUGGUCGUACAAAUUCAUUAAUGUGACCAAUGGGGUUACACCACGACGAUGGAUGUUACAGUGCAAUCCGUUACUCUCUGAAGUAGUUACUGAGUAUCUGAAGACGGACAAUUGGGUAGUUGAGUUAUCGAUGUUGAAGCAAUUGAUUCCAAUGUGUGAUCACACUCUUGAAGAGAAAUUCAAAGCUGUGAAGAUGCAGAACAAAGAGCGACUCAUCCGCUUGAUCAGUAAAAUGACGGACGGCGAUUUGGUUUUGAACUCCUCAUAUCUCUUCGACGUGAUGGUGAAGAGAAUUCAUGAGUACAAAAGACAGACUCUUGCUAUCCUCGGCACUAUCUGGCAGUACUUGAACUUGAAGCAGAUGUCUCGAGAAGAGCGAUUGAAGCAAGUUCCUCGUGUGAAGAUCUUUGCUGGGAAGGCCGCGACUUCAUAUGAGAAUGCCAAGAUCAUAGUGAAGUUGAUUAACUCUGUUGCUGAAGUUGUUAAUAAAGACAAGACUAUUGAUGAUAUGUUAAAGGUUGUCUUUAUACCAAAUUACAGUGUUUCAUUGGCAGAAGUGAUUGUACCAGCUAAUGAUAUUAAUGAACAAAUUUCUACUGCGGGAUAUGAGGCUUCAGGAACAUCUUGCAUGAAAUUCUGUAUGAACGGUGGACUCAUUAUCGGGACGUGGGACGGCGCAAAUAUCGAAAUCGCUGAGGAGGUCGGAGAGGAAAACAUCUUCUUGUUCGGAGCAAAGAAACAAGAAGUCGAAUUGAUCCGUCAACAAGGCCCAGUCCCUAUCGACGAAAGACUCUUGAAGGCGUUGUUGGCUAUUUCACAGGGCAUGUUCGGAGCUCCCGAUUGGUUCAAUAAACUCAUCGGACAAUUCUGGAACGGAAAUGACUUCUACUUGGUCGCCGCUGACUUCACUGCGUACUUGAAAGAACAAGAAAAGGUCGACGAGACUUGGAAGAAGCAGAACGAGUGGAAUCAUAAGUGCGUGAUGUGCACCGCUAAUAUGGGAAAGUUCUCUAGUGAUAGAUCUAUGAGCGAAUACGCGGCUAUGGUGUGGAAUAUUCAGCCUUGCCCACUCAAGGAGGGAAGUGUCGAGGAUAUGAUGGACGUCGCUAAAAAACAGAUCUUACCACAAAAAGUCUAA